AUGACAGAAUUGACUGAACCCGAAGUCAAGCUUGAAGCUCUCUUAGGCAUCAUCAACUCCUCUGCACGCCAAGCAAUUGCAGAAUACAAGAAAACUGGACAUGGGGUGCCCAGUGCAGAUGCAACUACCUUCCACCCCCUCGACAUGGCGACAGAUACGCUUGCCCUCAGGAAAGCCACUAGGCUGCUUGAGGGUGCAUAUCACCAACUGAGUGCAAUACUGGCUCCUCCCCAACACACAGUGAUGAAUUUCGUUUUUGAUUACAAUUGGGCAUGUACAGACGUUGCCUUGCGAGCACGCUUUGCGGAUGUUCUGGAGCAACACCCGGAAGGCCUCAGUGUGGAUAAGCUAGCUGAAGCAGUCAACCUCGACAAGAGCAAGACUGCACGCGUCUUACGGGCUUUGUCCCUCAUGGGUUGCUUUAAAGAAGUCGAACGGGAUGUCUUCACAAACACCCGACUGUCCCUCAUACUCAAGUCAACAAACAACACUGGGUGUUAUGCGCAAACUCAUUCCCGGGAUGUCUCGAAAUACGCCGGAGUCCUCUAUGAGACUAUGACCGACCAGGAAUUUUCACGAUCGCAUGAGGUCGAAAAGGCACCCCGUGUAUUUGCCUGCAGGAAAGAGGGUACGGAGGAGAGUUUCUGGGACAUGAUGAAGAAGGACGAUGAAAGACGCGAUAUAUUUCACAGAGGCAUGCUUGGCUACAGUGAGAUGACGGGCACUUCUACAUUUCUGCAUCAAUACCAUUGGGACAAUAAUACCAACCAUGACCUUCCGGAAGUUAUGGUACAGGCACAAAAUGCCUGGGAGAAGGAUGCUCCUGAUGCGCUAUUCGAUGGACGCGUGGAGCUCGUGCCAAACAAUUUUCUCGAGGACAUACCUGCUGCUGGCAAGGAUGUCUACUAUUUGAGACACAUUCUCCACGACUGGCCGGACGCUGAGGCAACGAUGAUCCUCCGUAACGUUCGCAAGGCCAUGGGACCAAACAGCGUAGUGCUAAUUCGGCCAUAUCUUGCAUUAGAUGAUUGCAUCCUCCUUCACACAUUCCAAGAACCUGGCGUAGGAACUACUGAAGGGUUAAGCAUCGACCCCCAGGCCCCUGAACCUAUGUUACCGAACUUCGGAGCAGGCAGUCACGGAGUGUACCAAAUAGACCUGACUAUGUGGUUCCUUGUGAAUGCCAAGGAACGAACUUUGGACGAGAUGAAGAUUAUUGCGCAAGUUCCUUAUAAUUCAUCUUUGACACGUCGGGCCACGGCUGGUCUAGCACUCACCCAGGUUUAUGAUCUCGUAGAGACAAUGGUCAUGGAGUUCAGGAUCGCUUAG